GCAGAAGCUAUAGGCAAACAAUCCGCAGUCGCAGGCAAUGGAUCUUACUGUCACUAAUGAAGUUCCGCCGUCCACUAGCCGUCAGCUUCAAGGAGAGCAAUCUCAGCCCCUUGAUCUCACUGUAAAACAUCCACCGCUGCCGUCUGCCCCUGGCGACUACAAACCCCAAUCGCAGCCCCUCGACCUCUGUGUGAAACAUCCACCGCAACCUUCCGUUUCGUCUUCCCAUGCAAAGCCUAAGCGAAAGCGUGCUGCUCCGUGUGUAAAUAAUAUUCUUAACCCUCAACCAUCAACAUCGGGACUACAACCAACCACACCUAUAGUGCCCUGCGAAAUUAUGUCUGGCUAAACCCUUAUAAGCCACGAAAAAUAAAAAUUGUUGCUUAUUUUCGUGCGUUCGCCAUGGAGGUUCUUAGUGACGCGAUUGUACAGAAUCUGGAAACUAUGUACCGCGAGAUCCGAGAAAUCGACGUGACGGGGUGUUUAGUUUUCCUGGCGAACUUGAGUGCUUUAAACCCCAUACUUACACCGAAAGGCUCAACAUUGCGUAACUUGAGCGAGUUAGUGGUACUCCGGGAGAAUAUAGAUCUAACAGAACUACCACCACGCACAGUGGAAACCAGCAUAGUUCACAAAAAGAUCAUCUACCACGAACUGAGGGAGAGAGUUUAUGCACUCUCUGAAGACAUGUGUGGUUAUAUUAGGAUGUGCGAAAGUACUAUGAGUGGUGUAACGGACGCAAUAAACGUCCUGAGCGAGCUGGACGUGUCCUCACCUACGGAGGAAGAAUCGAUGACCAUUAUGAACAACGUUUAUCAGUUCACGGCGGUGAUGAAUAUGUGGCCGGAGCUCAGUGGUUCACGCGUGGAGCACAUAAUUCACCUGUUCAAUAAACUGUUUUAAAUUAACCCUCAUGUAAAUAGUUUCUGUACAUAUUUAGUUUUAGUUUGUAAAUACGUUCCGUGGAUUAGGCCUACAGGGGGACACCACGUUAAAAAAAGCGCGCCUCAACUCUACCUCAUGGGUGGUGUGGAAACGGGUUUGUAUUGUAUAUUUUAAAUUGUAAU